AUGAAGCUGCCUGAAGGAAGAACAAGAAUAAUAUCAGGAUCUGAUCUAUUUGACUCUUUACCUGACGAAAUUGUUAUAUUUAUCCUAUGCAAGCUCGCUGCCACCGCGUCUUCUCCUCUUGAUUUUGUCACUGUUCUUCUUACAUGCAAGAGACUAAACACAUUAGGUGUUAAUCGUCUGGUUUUGUCGAAUGCUGGUCCAGAAACGCUUGCUGUCAGUGCUAAAAACUGGUGUGAUGAGGCUCAUCGGUUUUUGAAAUUGUGCAUCCACGCGGGCAACAAAGAGGCGCUUUAUAUUUUGGGAAUGAUCCUAUUUUACUGUUUACAAAAUCGAGGAAGUGGAGCGUCGUUAAUGGCGAAGGCGGGGAUUAAGUUGCACACACCGGCAUUGUAUUCACUCGCUUUGAUUCAGUUUAAUGGCAGUGGAGGUAUGAAGAAUGACAAGGACCUCCCUGCAGGGGUUGCUUUAUGUGAGAGAGCCGCUUUUCUCGGCCACGUCGAUGCACUCAGGGAGCUAGGGCAUUGCCUUCAAGACGGUUACGGUGUACCGAAAAAGGUCGAGGAAGGUCGUUAUCUGAUUCGCCAAGCCAAUGUGCGUGAACUUGCAUCCAUACUUUGUACCUUCGACGCUACACCUUUUUCAUCCGUGUCACCACCUUCGAUAGCGUGUGAGUUUCACAGCGACCAACAAAGACCAGAUCUAACAGACUCAUAUGAACGUGAAUCCCCAUGCCCACCCAUUUCAUCCCUCCGGUUACUAAAUAGGUACUGGAGUAAUGUUCCGAAGGAACGAUCCCAUCCAGCAAACCGGUUUUUGGUUGAGUGGUUCAAUUUGAGAAGUGGCGGGAUUCCGGGCCCGGGUUUAAGAAUGUGUUCCAAUGAGAGGUGUGGGCGACCAGAGACCCGGAAAAAUGAGUUUAGAAAGUGUUCAGGUUGCGGGAAGGUAAACUAUUGUUCACGAGGAUGUCAAGCCUAUGAUUGGAGAUUGCACCAUAAAGUAGAAUGUGCACCGAUCGAUGAUUAGAACAAUGCCAUUGAUGACUUGGAAGAGUU